GCCCGUCUCUCCGCACCGGCUGGGCGCGUCGUCCCGAGUCUGAGAGGAAAUGGGGGGCCUGGCGGGGUUCCAGUGGGUGCUGCUGCCCCUCCUGGGGGUCUACCUGGUGGCAUCAGUCGGGUCGGAGGAGGUGCUGUCGCAGGUGGCCUUCGUGCAGCGGGGCCUGAGGGCGGAGAAGGGGCCCGACGGCGGCGGCGAUGAGUUCAUGUUCGACUUCCAGGGCGACGAGAUCUUCCACGUGGACCUGGGCCACAAGGAGACCGUCUGGCGGCUGCCCCAGUUCCAGACCUUCACCAGCUUCCAGGCCGAGGGCGCCCAGGGCAACAUCGCCGUCCUGCGCUCCAACCUGCAGACCCUCAUGAAGCGCUCCAACUUCACCGCCGCCGAGAACGUGCCCCCGCAGGUGACGGUGUACCCGAAGGACCCGGUGGCCCUGGGGGAGCCCAACCUGCUGGUCUGCCUGGCCGACGGCUUCUCGCCCCCGGUGAUCAACAUGACCUGGCUGAAGAACGGGGAGGUGGUGAAGCCGGGGGAGGAGACGGACUUCUACCCCAAGGCAGACAACUCCUUCCUGGAGUUCUCCUACCUGGCCUUCGUCCCUGACCCCGAGGGACAUCUACUACUGCCGGAGUGGAGCACUGGGGGCCUGGCCCAGCCCCUCACCAAGGAGUGGAGUAAGGAUCACUUGGGACCGCGGGAGACACCCAACGUGCCCGAGCCCCUCCCAGAGGCGGCAGAGAGCGUGGUGUGUCGCGGCCUGUAG